AUGGCGGGCACCAUUGCUCGAUAUUCAAUAUUUAAGGGAAAUCACGUUGCUGCUGCAAGCCAAUUCAUUUGUGCUUCUCAAACUAGAAAUAACACUACUCAAGCUCCUCCAACAAAGACUAAAUUUGGUCCCUUAUGUGAUGAUGAUAGAAUAUUUACAAAUUUAUAUGGUCGACAUGAUUGGAGACUUUGUGGAGCUUACAAAAGAGGUGAUUGGUACAAAACAAAAGAAAUUUUACACAAAGGACCAGAUUGGAUUAUAAAUGAAAUAAAAAUUUCGGGUUUAAGAGGCAGAGGUGGUGCUGGAUUUCCAACCGGAAUGAAAUGGGGAUUUAUGAAUAAGCCUUCUGAUGGAAGACCUAAAUAUUUAGUUGUGAAUGCUGAUGAAGGUGAACCUGGUACUUGCAAGGAUAGAGAAAUUCUACGAAAUGACCCUCACAAACUUAUCGAAGGUUGUUUGGUAGCUGGUCGAGCCAUGGGUGCUCAAGCUGCAUAUAUUUACAUUAGAGGGGAAUUUUAUAAUGAAGCCUCAAAUAUGCAAAUUGCAAUUGCUGAAGCUUAUCAGGCAGGCCUGAUAGGUAAAAACGCUUGCAACUCUGGCUAUGAUUUUGAUGUUUUUAUGCACAGAGGUGCAGGAGCAUACAUUUGUGGUGAAGAAACAGCAUUAAUAGAAUCGAUAGAAGGAAAGCAAGGAAAACCAAGAUUAAAACCUCCUUUCCCUGCCGACAUUGGGGUCUUUGGUUGCCCCACAACUGUCUCUAACGUGGAAACCGUUGCUGUCGCUCCAACCAUUUGCAGAAGGGGAGGUUCAUGGUUUGCUUCUUUCGGUAGACCUAGGAAUUCCGGCACUAAAUUAUUUAAUAUAUCCGGUCAUGUUAAUAAUCCGUGCACCGUAGAAGAAGAAAUGUCGAUACCAUUAAAAGAAUUGAUUCAACUUCAUGCCGGAGACGUCAUCGGAGGCUGGGAUAAUUUAUUAGCCAUCAUACCAGGAGGUUCAUCUACUCCAUUGAUACCUAAAGACGUCUGCGAGGAAGCAAUUAUGGAUUUCGAUGGCCUUGUGGCGGUUCAGACGAGUUUGGGAACGGCCGCGGUUAUAGUAAUGAAUAAGCAAACCGACAUCGUAAAAGCCAUAGCGCGUUUAAUAGAAUUUUACAAGCACGAAUCGUGCGGUCAAUGCACGCCUUGCAGAGAAGGAAUAAAUUGGAUGAAUAAAAUAAUUCACAGAUUCAUAACUGGAAAUGCAGAGCCGGGUGAAAUCGACAUGUUGUGGGAACUCAGCAAGCAAAUUGAAGGUCACACGAUUUGCGCGUUGGGUGAUGGAGCCGCGUGGCCUGUACAAGGUCUCAUUCGACAUUUCCGACCCGAAUUAGAAGCAAGAAUGGAGAACAAGCAAAACGAAGCUGUAGGACAAUAUGCCUAA